UAAAACUUAGGGUAAUUUACAAAUAUAAUGACUUCUUUAUCGGAGCAAUUAAGACGUCUUGCGUUGCCGGAAAGUCAGGUUGCUGAUACUUUCGAUAAACGAAUUCCUUCAUUGUUAUUUGAACCUGGUGUUGCUGCCACACUUGACAGAGAUACUUUCUUCGGGUUGGGUGUGAAUGGAUUGGAAGAGCUGUGUCUCCUGGACCCGAAAUUUCGUGAUUUAUUCCAACAAGACCUUUUCAGUGCCCAAGCAAAAGACACAGAGAGGACAACCCAGACUAAACAAUUCAAUAAACAUCUUAAUGAAAAAAUCCAGAGUUUCCUGAUUAGAGUGUGUCCUUAUUUCUUGCUCAAACCUGCAACAAAAUGUAUUGAAUGGUUGAUAUACAGAUUCCACAUCCAUACAUUCAACACAGAUGAUCUGCUGAUGUGUGCAUUACCAUAUCAUGGGACCAACUUAUUUGUGAGGACGGUCCAACUACUUGAUGUAUCUCAUCCUACUAAUAAGUGGUGCUGGCUCUCUCAAGUUAAGAACGAAGGAGUUUCAUUGUCCAACAAAAAUAUUGCAACACACUGUACAAGGGAUCUCGCCUUUCUACAGUUUAUUUGUAAUAUGCUGACAAAUGCUUACAAGGUAGUGCAGGAAAAUCCUGACUGGUCCAUGGUAGUUGUCCUAAAUUUUUACACCACAACUGUGAUGGGUGUGUUACAGAGUCCUAAAAUAUCGGAAACCCUUCUUUCUAAACUGAUGCCUUCAGUGUUAGAGGGUCUCAAAUCAUCAGUGAUGGAGCAUCAGGCAUCUUCUGUCAUGAUUUUGUCCCAACUAUCUGUCAAGAUCACAUUCGAACGGAAAGUACUGUCCAAUAUUAUCAAAUCUGGUUUAAAAAACGUUUCAACCAAACUGGAAAAGGUUUUCUUGCGUGCUAUCUUGCUGUUUUCGCAGAACCAAGAACAGUUUCAGAAUUUGCCGAAAAAAGUAAUACUACAGCUUAGUUCUCAUGGUGGUUUCAUCCAAGAGAUCGUGGAAAUAUAUAGAAGUGGCCGCAUUGAGAAGAUUGUUCAGAUCUUGGUGGAGGUUCUUGUAUCUAAUAUCACGGACUCAGAUACUGAAGAGAAAAUUUGGAAAACUAACAUUGAAGUAUUGACACGAUUUGUUCAAGAUCUUGAUCUGACAGUUAACUUACAGCUUCUUCUUAUGAGAUUACUGGUUGAGAAUUUCACUUCAACUCAAAGCGAUAAAAAGUCCCAAAAGUUCCUUUUAUUUGGGAAACUUCUCGGCCAACUACAGCGGAAAUUUCCGCUCUCGUUUGACAAAGUGAUCUCUGAGUUUUUCUCGAGGGAGGAUGUUGAUAAAACAACAUCCGGACUCCUUCUCUCCAUCUUCGGGGCAUCCGCAAAGCAUCAGUUGAUCCACGAUAGCAGUGUGUCUGUUGCGAUCGGUCUCCUGCAUCCGGAGGAUUCUGUCCGAUCCCAAGCUCUGCGUCAUCUUUCUGACUCAUUAUUCAAAGACCCAACUUCAGAGGUUGUGAGAUUUUCUCAGGACAACGUGAUCCGGAUUCUCGGACUUGACGACUCUCCUCUUGUUGUGGAGGCAGCUUUGCAGUUACUCAGAAAACAUGUAGAUUUAUUCAAGGACGAUCAUAUAGAAGUUUCAAACACAUUGGUUAAUCUGUUCUUCUCUAAAAUAUCAAUUCCUGAUUGGAAGAAAGCUGUUCAAGUUGCUGCACAAGUUUUGACAGUCUUAUCUUCUGCUGUACCAGAUGAAAAUAACGUUGUUUCUAUGCGAACUACUGCAGCAGUGUUGCACAUUCUGCUAAUGAGCCUCACAGAAAAAGGAUGGUCAACACUGGCCGGAAAUAUUUUAAAAUCUGAUUUUUGUCAAAAAAAUUCGUUUUUUGAGGCAAUUCGAGUUGCUGUUCUAAACAAAGGCAAAGCCUCACAAGACAACAAGGUCUCUGCAAAAUUUUUCCAUGACCUUCUUUGCGUUGUCGAGCAGAUAUCGGACUGUGAGAACACACAGUCUAGCAGUGCUGUGUUCUAUUUUCUCUGCACUAUUGGAGUAGAUGACUUGGAACUCCUUACCAUAAUUUGCAACAGUUUGUCUCAAAAGUCAGCCAACCUGAAGCAUAAGUCUUCGUCAGAUCUGUCACUUAAUGAUGGUUUCUAUGAUCUUUUACAACAACCUGAAACACCGGAUCGUGACAUCAUUUCCCUCCACUUUGACACGCUACGAAAAUUCCUGGAGUCGGUUGUUUCUUUAAAAAGUGACAUUUCUAUUCCAUCUUUUCCCCAACUUGGAACUUUGCUUCAAAACGCAAAACGACUCGACUUAACAACCCCGUCCAAAAUUUCUCUCCUAACUAAAACUUUUCUAUCUCUCCUAAACCUCUCCGAGUCCGCUAAAACAGGAUACGAAAACGAUGAAAAAUUAAAAUCUCGCAUCACAGCUUCCGUCAAUAGCCUCAUCAGUCUCUUCCUCAAUGAAGUCCUUCGGAGCCAAUCUCUUCUGGACUUCCUCCCUAUCUUCCUUUGUGAGGAGUUCAUUAAUCCUUGUCUCUCUUCUCCAGUAACCUGCUUACAAACUUUAAACAUUUUGAAAGUUUUUCUUCACGCUACAAUGAACAAGGUUCCAGCAAAGGCCACCAUUGAUGCCUCCCAUCCGAUCCUUCCAUGUCUUCUCCUCCUCUGCAGCUCCAACCACCACAACAUCAGGAGGAUCAACAUGGAAAGCAUCCAAUGCGUUUCUUCCAUGAAAACUAACCCAGUGUCCAGUCUCAUGGUUCAUCUCACAAAACAUGCAGAGGAAUUGACGUCAGAUCCUGAAUAUAUUCUACAGUGUUUUGCCAACUAUUUCAAUGAAAAGAACAAACCAGCAAUCAAAAAAUCAAGACAUGGAUUGUUGAAAACAUUGGUGCAAAAUAUGGUCAAUGAAUCUGCAGUAUCAAAGCUGGGAGUUGCGUUUAUGACUCGAUGUAUUAAUAAGGUUGACCCUUUUCAUUUUGACCCCUUGUUGCCAUUGGUUACUACUUUUGUCGACCAAUCAAACGUGAGAACACUCGACGAAAACGAAGCUCUCUUAACCACCGAGUGGUUGCAAAAACUCACUCCAGAUUCAUUGAACGAAACUUUGAAACGAGAAUUAUUUUUCAAAGUUCUGACGUUUCAAACCGAAGACAAAAGUUCCUAUUUACCACAAAAUGUGGUUUUCAAUUUAAUCACGAAACCAUUCUACACAUCGUUAUCUGAUGAAAUAAAACAACAACUUAUUUCAACAUUACUUGAUAUUGGCCAAUCCACUGCUAACCCCGAUGUCGCUAAGAUGGUAUUUAAAGUUUUUAAGGUUAUACCAUUGAGGUCAAAUUACAUCAUAAAAGAAUUGAAGAAAAGUUUCCCAUCAAUUGACACCAAAUCGACUGCACCUUCCGGUGUUAUUGCUGCAAAAAGAGCUCGGCUAAGUAAAUCAACAAGUUCAGAAUCUGGAGAAGUUUCUGAAACGGAAACUCCAACCUGGAAGAGAAUGAUCGUUUUGCUCGAAGUUCUUCAGCAUAAGAAGAAAAUUAUCAAACCAAAGCUUUUGGUCGCACAUCUCUUUACUGCCCUCAACUGGAUGAUUGACCUUCAAACAGGAAAUGAUGUUAUUGAUUACGGCACACAGCUCGUACUAGGAGCUCUACAUAAUGUUUUCAUGAUUGCUAAAUCAAAACUUGGAGCAAAAGAUGACACGGAUAUAAGAAACAGUUUGAGGGUUGAGUUAUUGGUGAAAUGCAUUCAAACAUCAGGCAACACACAGACUUGCCAACAUGCUGUCGUACUGCUUGCUGAAGCUGCUUCUAUUUGCCCGGAGAAACUUCUUCACAGCGUAAUGUCCAUCUUCACGUUCAUGGGAAGUAACUUGCUGCGUCGUGAUGACUCGUAUUCGUUUCAAAUUAUUACGAAGACAAUUCAUACUGUAGUACCUGCUCUGCUACAGCAUAUGGAAUCAGCCACCAGUGGUAUAAGCAAAAACACAGUGACCGAUAUAAUUCGUGUGUUUGUGGAUGCUCUGCCACAUAUACCACCACAUCGAAGGUUGGUUGUAUUUGAAGAACUGAUCAACACAUUAGGAGGGAACGAGUAUUUGUGGCAAACCCUCCUUCUAUUGGUGGCAAGUCGUGCAAAUAAAAUUACUAAAACGUCCCAAGAAGAUGAACAGGACAUCUUGAGCGGAUCAGAGGAAGAUGUUUUUCUCCCAAGUACAGUGGAUGCUCUAAUGGAAGUUUGCUCCUCCGUUUCCAACCUCUUCCCUGAUCAUCUUCAAUUGGAAUCCAUGGUCCGGAUGUUGAAUUUCAUCUCGCUCGUUCCCGAUGAAAAUGAUCCAAAGCAGAAGAUCGAUCUCAACCUCCCAAACCUCAUCGAUGUUCCGAAACAAUCUACUUCCCAUCUUCGACGUUUGCAUCUUGCUGUCGUCUCGUUUGCAAGCCAUCUCUUGUCACUAGAGGGGGGUAUUUCAAACUCGUUUAAACUCGAAAAAUCCAUGGAGCAUGACGCAGCAGAAAAUGCCACAAAAAUGCUGACUAAGUUUCAGAGUCUUUUAGAGACGGCUCUCUCCUAUCUAUCACAAACUACAACAGCUGUAUCAAACACACACGAUGAUAUGACAAGCAGAUAUUACAGGACACUACAAAACAGACUCAACUCUCUGCUUGAUAAGAUAAACAAUCUACUUCCCUCUGAUACCUUCAUGCUCGUAGUAAGUAGUAUUCUACAUGAACAAUCAUCCAACACUACAGUGCAUAAAGUUAUUGAGUUAUUUAACGACAGAGUUGCACACACUAAACACACACUGACCCCUGAUCAGGAAAAUGUGUUGCUUCAUAUUUCUCGUCAACUCAUUGUGUUGUGCGGAGACCAUGGCACCGACAACCAUGGCAUGCGUGCCGUGGCUUACACAGGUCUGCGGCACGUAGCACGAAUGUGUGGCAUCGGAUGUGCCACGCACCUCAUUCCAAUCUUAUCCAUGAUAUGUGACAUCACAAAAGAGAAACAACCACCUAUACAGGUUAUAUCAUCUGCCAUGCUUUGUUUGGGUGAAUUAUUCAGCACAUUGAAAGCUCACUGCAUUAGUCACUUACCAAGCAUUGCCCCAUGUCAUUGUGAUGCUUCUUCACCAAUCAAAAUCAGAGAAAAGUUACCACAUGACGGCAUGUAUAUUAUCAGCCUAUCAGAAGUUAGUAGACACCUUACCACAUUUCAUCAGUCCUUACCUGGUUGGGUUUAUUUCAGAGUUGAUCUCUGCUUCACCUGCUGCUCUUGAGGAUCAUCCAGAUGUUGAUCCGGAUGCAGGAGAGCCAUCUCGAAAGAAGAGGAGGCAGAGGACAAACAUUGGAGUCCAUUUUACUCCGGAUCAUUUGGCAACGAAAAUCUCUUCUGUGUUGAAAGCUAUUGCUGGGAAAGUCCCUGCUAGAGUACUGGUACCUAUGUUUACCAAGUGCUAUGAAAAAAUAAAUGCUGAAGAAUGGCAUUCUGUCCGUGUAUUGCUACGUAUGGUGGCACACCAUGUUGCAGUGUUGACCAAACAUGAUCUCAGUCACUUUGCUUUACCACUGUUUGAUUUCUACCUGGAAACACUGGAAUAUAGAGACAAUAUGACCAUGGUUGAUAAGGAUGAAGUUGAUUCUGUAGAAGAAGUUUCGGUCAAUGGAACAAUUUCCCUUCUUCUUAAAUUACCUGAAGCUACUUUCAAACCUCUUUUUGUAAAGUUGAACCACUGGGGUUGUUCUGAUGAUGCCACACCAACAAGAACCACCACAUUCUAUCAUUGUACUUGUGUUAUGGCUGGCAAACUUAAAAGUCUUUUCUCUCUCUUUGCUGGCCCUCUCCUAAGUCACAUGAUGGAAUCGCUGAAGCAUGAAGAAAUUGAUCCAGAAAAUGUCACUCGAUGUCGCUAUGUAGUUGAGACAUUUAAACUCACACUGCUUCACUCAAGUUCAAACUUUAUGACGCAACAAAGGUUUGAUAUGACAGCGGGCGUGUUGGUUGAUCAGCUGGAAAAAUCUCAACUAGACAAUGAAAUGCUACAAGAUUACAUCAUCAAUUACAUCAUACCCUGUAUUGGCCAACUGGUGAUGUCAUCAAGGAAUGAUGUUGCCUGGCAACCACUAAACUACCAGAUUUUGCUCAAAAUGCGUCACAAAAAUCCAGAGGUUCGGUUACACGCACUAGAAACCUUGCUAGUAGUUGCAGAGAAACUGGGAGACGAUUAUAUGGUUUUGUUGCCAGAAACUAUACCUUUCCUAGCUGAACUCAUGGAAGAUGAAAAUGAUAAUGUUGAAAAGCGCUGUCAUGCAGUGAUCAAACGAAUGGAAGAAGUCUUAGGAGAACCACUACAAAAAUAUUUCUAAUUCCCCUUAAGGUCUGAGACGCCCUUGAAAUUCUGAUAUCAAGAUUUCUUUGUUGGGAGGUUUUUUAUGCGAAGAAAUAAUUUCAAAACGUUUCGGAUUU